CGGCGGCGGCCGAGGGCCCGGCUUGUUUUUUUUGUUCUCGCUCCGGUCAAUGUGCGGCUGCAAGUUUACAAAAUGGCGACGGUGCCGGUGUACUGCGAGUGUCGGCAGCCCUACGACGCCGGCCGCUUCAUGAUUGAGUGCGACGUCUGCAAGGACUGGUUCCACGGCAGUUGUGUACGAGUGGAGGAACACCAAGCUGUUGACAUUGACUUGUACCACUGUCCCAAAUGUGCCAUCUUACAUGGAGCCUCUCUGAUGAAGAGACGGAAAAACUGGCACCGACAUGACUACACUGAGGUCACAGACUCGGUAAAGAUGAUACAAGCAGGUACACCAGUUUUCAUCAGGCACCUCCGAGCCCGGCACUUUCCCAGUGCUGGUGGAAUUGUCAUCAAGAUGCACGGUACCCAGCUGACACACAAGUACCUGGAAAAGCAUGGGUUUGAUUUUCCCAUUUUGGUGCCCAAGAUAGAUGGACUUGGAAUUGCUCUUCCUGCAAGCACCUUUACUGUCAGGAAUGUGGAAGAAUAUGUGGGUGGUGAGAAGGUGAUCGAUGUGAUUGAUGUGGCUCGGCAAGCUGAUUGUAAGAUGAAACUGCGGGAGUUUGUAGAAUAUUACAAUGCCCAACGAACCAAAGUAUUAAAUGUUAUUAGCCUGGAAUUUUCUGAUACAAAGAUGUCAGACUUGGUGAAGGUUCCUGACAUUGUACAGAAGCUUUCAUGGGUGGAGAAUUACUGGCCUGAAGAUUCCAUCUUUCCCAAGCCCUGUGUUCAGAAAUAUUGUCUGAUGGGAAUGGAGGACAGUUACACCGACUUCCACAUUGACUUUGGAGGCACCUCUGUAUGGUACCAUGUACUGUGGGGUGAUAAAAUCUUUUACUUGAUAAAGCCUACCAAUGCCAAUCUUGCACUUUAUGAAAGUUGGAGCAGUUCUGUGAACCAGAGCGAAACAUUCUUUGGAGACCAAGUGGAUCGAUGCUACAAGUGUGUACUGCAACAGGGACAGACACUUCUCAUUCCCACAGGCUGGAUCCAUGCUGUCCUAACCUCCAAGGAUUGUAUGGCUUUUGGUGGAAACUUUCUGCAUAACCUCAACAUUGGAACACAACUCAGGAUAUAUGAGAUGGAGAAACGAUUAAAGACUCCUGAACUUUUCAAGUUUCCGUAUUUUGAAGCAAUGUGCUGGUAUGUGGCAAAUGGCCUUCGGGAAACUCUAAAAGAAAUGAGGGAAGAUGACUGUCAGCCGCAAGAAUACCUGGUGCAAGGAGUCAAGUUGCUCAUCCCAUCACUUAAAUGCUGGAUUCAGAGGGAGGGGUUAAUUAGCCGCAUGUCUGAACUUCCAGAUCAAAUUAGACCAGGGCAUCUUAUUAAAGAGCUCAGCAAGGAAGUUCGCUUUGUGGAGGAGAUGAACAUUGGAAAUAAGCCUGUGAAAUCUCAGGGAAUUGUGGCUGCAGUGCCAGUCACACGGAUCUCUCAGGACAAGAAUUGUUCCUUCAGUAUUAAUCCUAGUAAGAGAAAAUGUAGAAGACUAAGAGACCCUUCGAACAAGACGCACUCAAACCUGGAUAUACUGGAGCUUCACACCCGGCAGGUAUUGAAGAAGAUGGAAAUGGCUCCGUGGAAUGAGGAUAAUAUGUCCAGCUCCACAUUGAGAGUGAAACUCAGUGGGACCUCAUCACCAUCUUCGACUGCAGCUGAAAAAGGUUGCAGUGAUAAUAACUUGCAGCUGGUGUUGUCGAAAGGAAGAAUCAUUAGUCAUGGCAGGAACAAAGAGAUGAAGUCUGAACAUUGCAGUGCCAGCAGCGAAGAUGAAGAGGAGGAACAGACAGAUGAGCAGAGCAGUGUGCUACAUGAAGAGAACUUGCAGUGGGAGGAUCAGAAGCCAGCAUCUCAAACUCCACUGAACAAGUUCUUUGAGAGUGUAAAAAUCGAAAUUCAGGAUGGAACGUCUGAAUCAUCUGAGCAAUAUAACUCUGAUGAUAUGAAGGAGGAAUACAGCAUACAGAAGUUAAGUUCUUGGGAUGAAGGCUAUGACCAGUCAAGUGAUAGUGGGAAGAAUGAUUUGACAAAUAAUUCAUUGACUGGUAAAUCCCACCAAGUUCCAGAGAAGCCCAGGACGAGUCUGAAGCGUUGCAAGAAGGACAGCAUGGUUGAGAGGGUACAGCCACCAUCUCCAAGUACAACCGAGGCCAUUCAGGGCAUGCUUUCAAUGGCAGCCUUGCAGUACUCAGACCUUCGCAACAGCCCAAGAAAGAAUAGGGACAGCCUGGAUAAAAGGAACCUUUCCAAGUCACAUCAUGGCAUAAGAACUAAUAGGCGGGAGAAAGGAGAACUGAGCCCAUGUUCCAGGGCAUCAGACUGUGCAGAUGGAACUCCCAACAAGCACUGGAGUGAUGGGGAAUGGGGUGGUGAAAGCAAGGAUGCUGACAACAGAAUUUUGGAUAAACAAUCCAGAGCUGGGCCCGGGAAGCAGGAAGCCGCUGAAUGCAGUACUGUGCUGAUGAAUAGUGAAACAAGGGCCAUAAUGGGAACUACAGCUAGACUAUCUGAAGAGAUAUUGAAGAAUGAACUAAAACAUCUCCGAAAAGAAUGUUCUUCAAUGGCAAGGCAAAAUAUUCAGGAGAACAAGAUUUUAGUGGAAGAAAUGGUGGAUAGUGAGGGUCAGAUUGCUUCUGACUCACUGGGUGCAGUGUACCGAUCAACCACUGACUGUGGCCUGCAAGGGAGUCCAGUUGACAAUGGUGACAGUCCAGAUUGGAUCCAUCCUGGAAUAUCAACCUCGCCACCCCUGCAUCCAUCCAGCAAGACGACCAUUUCCAAUCCACCACCCGUGAGCAAUCAGGCAACAAAAGGAAAACGUCCAAAGAAAGGGAUGGCAACUGCAAAGCAGCGACUGGGAAAGAUUUUGAAGCUGAACCGAAGUGGUCGCCUCUUUCUUUAGAAAUAAGACUUUAUGGACUAGCAUUGGGCCAAAGAGGGUCACAAUGCUGCUGCAUAGAUGGCCCUACCUCGUGCCCUUGGAAGAGACCCUUGGAUAUGCACUGUUGAAGCACAGAUGAGCAAUAAUGGAAGUAUCAGAGCUGGGGAGAGAAGGACUGUAAUGGAGAAGCUCUGAAAAUCGUUCAGGGUUAGCAGACAUUUUUAAAGGACGCUAUUCUGUUUUUUCUUAAGAUACUCUCUGUUGUAAUUUAUCUUCCAAAUUAUUUGAUGCAUUUUAAUUUAACAGCAUUGUUUUUUUUUUAAAAGAGAAAACUAUUUAUUGAGGAAUUGAUUCAGUUGAACAAAAUAAUUUAGAUAUAAAAUAUUGAACCAUAUUUCCAAA